UAUUCAUAAGAGAGAUUCCAACAAGAGCUAGUGUGAAGCUCAAAAGUCAGUUCUUAAGUGUGCCAGUAGGAGCUAGUGUGCAAAUGCUGUAUUAUUUCAAUGUCACAAACCCCCAAUCUCAGCACCAGCUGCGGCUUUCAGUGAGAUGCUGAAAUACGGAGAACAGAAUCCAGUCACACAACAUUAUUUUUCUGAAAUCACCUCUGUUCCCUGCUAUCCCUUAGGUCAUGUGUAUCAAAAUUACUGUAUCAACCUGCCCUUUGCUUCUAGUAGGACAUCCAAAGAUCAACUCAGCCUUAUUUCUCAAAUAGUAUGGUAGUAAAACAAUGUUAUGAAAUAGGACACAGAGAAGUUUAUAAAAUUAGAGUUCCCCUGAAAUUCUCAAGGAAGAAGAAGAAAAAAAAAAAAGACCACAAGGCUUUCUUUUGGAAGCCACAUCCCCUCUUGCUUUAAGAUGUUAAGCUCUUGAUGACAAAGAAACCAAACCCACUUACUUUAGCAAUACAUCUAAACCAAAUCAGUCAUACGUUGAUUUUAACCAAACCUGACAAUAAGGCAAUUGAGUAACUUUCUAAACUACCAGAGCAGCAGGAUUACCUUCCAGCAUAAACUGGCUUUAAUUAGCACUUCAAAAAUCAACAGUGCAGGCUUCUGCCCAUUUAGAUGAUAUCUAUGUAAAAUCAGCAGUCUAACACUGGCUCUCAUACACAUUAAAAAUCAUCACUCUGUUAGCCCAACUCACUGUUCAGAUGGGUCUUCUUGAAUGCAGCCUUUAUUACAAUCUCACUGCUGUUUCCUACAAUGAAGGAAUAUCAUGUUUUUAAGUCGGGAGCUCUUGUUUCUUGCUUUAUUGUAAUCAGGCGGGUCUUACAAAGACCCCAACACUAUUACAAAGCAUGAUGCUAAACAGUAAAGCUUCUGGAAAACCCAAACAAAAGACACGUCACUGGGUGACGUCAGCCUAUAUACAGUUCUGUGUGGUCGCAGCACAUAAGCAAAUCCAUUCUUGUGCCGUUUCUCGGAAAAGCUUUUCAGUAAAUGCACUCAUGCUGCUCCAGGAGCUCUUCUCUGCAACAAGCCGCCCAUCUGCCAUCAACAAGUUAAGACGAGAGAACUAACAGCUAUGGCAAGGAAAAACUGAAGCUUUGAUGACCAGCAGAAAUCAAAGAAAAGAAUUAUUAACUUAAAUUCAAAACUAAUUUUGAGGAUCAGAGCAUCACAGAAAUGAAACCAAUGCUUUCCAGAGGAAUAUCCUAAGGAAAAAACGACUCACCCUGGCAGAUUCGAUUUUACUAAGAAAGCCUGGGACACACAAAACAGGAAACUGGUCUAAGGCUCCUGUAUGUUAGAGCCUCUUACAGACUCACUGCGUUGAGUCUGACAACCUCGACUGAAUGCAGCCUCCAAUGUGCACAGAAUGGGCUUACAUUUCAAGUGGCCAUUAGGGGCCCCUAUGCUGGCAGCAAUAUAUGCAAUGAGUAUGAUUUUAAAAAUGCUGCCUGCCCUGGGUAUGGCAUGUCCACCCAAAUGCCGCUGUGAGAAGCUGCUAUUCUACUGCGACUCUCAGGGCUUCCACUCAGUGCCAAACGCCACAGACAAGGGCUCUCUGGGCCUGUCCCUGAGGCACAAUCACAUCACAGAGCUUGAAAGAGAUCAAUUUGCCAGCUUCAGUCAACUUACCUGGCUUCACUUAGAUCACAAUCAAAUUUCAACAGUAAAAGAAGAUGCUUUUCAAGGACUGUAUAAACUUAAAGAAUUAAUCUUAAGUUCCAACAAAAUAUUUUACUUGCCAAACACAACUUUUACCCAACUGAUUAACCUGCAAAAUUUGGACCUGUCUUUUAAUCAGCUGUCAUCUCUGCACCCAGAGCUCUUCUAUGGUCUUCGGAAGCUGCAGACCUUGCAUUUGCGUUCCAACUCCCUGCGGACUAUCCCAGUACGUCUGUUCUGGGACUGUCGUAGUCUGGAGUUUCUGGAUUUGAGCACAAACCGUUUGCGAAGUUUGGCUCGAAAUGGAUUUGCAGGAUUAAUCAAACUGAGAGAGCUUCAUCUAGAGCACAACCAGCUGACGAAGAUUAAUUUUGCUCAUUUCCUCCGGCUAAGCAGUCUGCACACACUCUUCUUACAAUGGAACAAAAUUAGCAACUUGACAUGUGGGAUGGAGUGGACCUGGAGCACUUUAGAAAAGCUAGACCUGACUGGAAAUGAAAUCAAAGCCAUCGAUUUGACAGUGUUUGAAACAAUGCCUAAUCUUAAAAUACUCCUCAUGGAUAACAACAAAUUAAACAGUCUUGAUUCCCAGAUCUUAAACUCCCUGAGAUCCCUCACGACUGUUGGCCUCUCCGGAAAUCUGUGGGAAUGCAGCCCCCGAAUAUGUGCUCUUGCCUCCUGGCUGGGCAGCUUCCAAGGUCGGUGGGAGCAUUCUAUCCUAUGCCACAGCCCUGACCACACCCAAGGAGAGGAUAUUCUAGAUGCAGUCCAUGGAUUUCAGCUCUGCUGGAAUUUAUCAACCACGGUCACUGCCAUGGCUACCACUUACAGAGACCCAACCACUGAAUAUACAAAAAGAAUAAGCUCAUCAAGUUACCAUGUGGGAGACAAAGAAAUCCCAACUACUGCAGGCAUAGCAGUUACAACAGAAGAACACUUUCCCGAACCAGACAAUGCCAUCUUUACUCAGCGGGUAAUUACAGGAACAAUGGCAUUAUUGUUUUCUUUCUUUUUUAUUAUUUUUAUAGUGUUCAUCUCCAGGAAGUGCUGCCCUCCCACUUUAAGAAGAAUUAGGCAAUGCUCAAUGAUUCAGAACCACAGGCAGCUCCGAUCCCAAACACGACUCCAUAUGUCAAACAUGUCAGACCAAGGACCGUAUAAUGAGUAUGAACCCACGCAUGAAGGACCCUUCAUCAUCAUUAAUGGUUAUGGACAGUGCAAGUGUCAGCAGCUGCCAUACAAAGAAUGUGAAGUAUAAUAUCUACCCAUCAUCAAAAUUCACAUCAGAUAAGUAACCUAUUUUACAUAGUAGGGACUAAAUAGAGAUCUAAUUUUUACCAAUGCUGACAUUAAGCCUAAUUUUCCAAAUCAAGUGGAGACUUAGUUUUUCGGGUGUUGAAGUAUUUUUAAUUUUUUAAUGAAACCAUAUUAAGUGUUAAAUGAAGCGAUACUCAUAUUAAUUUGCACUCUUAAGUCUAAAAAUGCUUACUUCAGAAUAAGGCAUUUCAUGUAUAUAAUUAUAUACUAUUAUGUGUAAACAUUUACACUGAGGUCUCUAUAUACUUUUUUUUUCCUACUGAAAAAAACAGUUUGGAAAGAAGCUAUUGGGCAGAAAUAGAUAUGGAUCAAUACCUGUUUGAUCCUUGCCCUACAUCCUAUGUACCACACUGGCUUGCUGCUUAAAAAGAGAUAGCAAAGUUCUGUUUUAUGAUACUUUGAUUAUUUACUCAAAGCGAUAAUCUAUUGCCACUGUGAGAAGUAGACUUACACAUAUGCUGAAGAAUGGUAAAUAUUAAACACUAUUCUUGCAGAGUUUUUGCCUGGGUUAGUAGACAUUAUGAAAGUCCACACCAUGAAAUCAGAACCCUUUACGUAACUCUAAUAAGCUGAAUGACUCUUUAAUAUAUUUAAAUAAUGAAUCCAAGUGAUUGUAAAAAGGUCUUAUUACAAUGAAAUCAAUACUAAAUAAUGACACUGACUUCUUGUCUUGUAUCUCUAGCUUGACUUGUAAAGGAAAUGUUGAUUUUUGUGGCAUUUAGACUUAUUUUAAACUAGUAUUAAAUUGCCUUUUUACUAAUUAACUUACUAAAUCCUAUAUUUACAUGUGGAAAAAAUAGAAAUUAUUUGGAAAAGAAGAGAUAAACUGAGUUAAUUUAACAAUUCUGAUCAUGUUCCCUCUGGUUUGGAAAAAAAAAAGAGAAAUCCCUCCCUAUGAUUAAGAUGCCUUGACAAAGGGUUAAGCCUCUUCCUUCUGUCAAUUUCUGAUUUUUAAAUCUUUAAAACUUAAAAAGCCAAAUUAAAAAUAAUUGGCUACCAACAGGAAUAGCACCAAUUCUUAUUGUAUUAUAAAGGAACUAUGGAGAAAAUUACUUUCUAAAAUAAAUAUUCUAUGCUAAAAUUUGUCCUUUAGAUGAAGAUACACACUCACAUUGUGUGGUUUCUUCCAAGACAGGACCAACACAUUACUGAGAUGAAUUUUAUGGUACAAUACUAGACAUGCCUAUGCAGCCACACAGCAGUAAUUGCAAGACAGCACAGAGGUGAGGGAAUGAAAAGGGAAAAAAAAAAAGAUUUUGAAACCUGACUCUCAGGUGAACUGAAGUUACUAGCCAAGAAAGACUACAUAUAAUCUGUACAAAAUGAACAAGGCCCAGGGACCUACACUGGAAAGGAAAAGGAGGGAAGCUCUCUAGUGUAAAUAUAAAUAAUCUGCAAUAACAAUAACGAUGCCAUUUUUCAUGCAGGACAGAACUGCAAAUAUUCAAUUUGAUUUCUAGGGGGAAACCUAUGGGUUAUUUAGGAUUUAGAUGCAAGUUACCAAUCCACACAGAAUUUUUCCAUAAAGAAGGUUCAGUUUACGUGGAAACAUUGUAAAGCAGAGCACUAAUUUGACUUUAGAAAAACAAGCAUUUUUACAGCUGUCACUUACCAUAUAUGAAAAAGUCAUAAAAUCUUAAGAGAAAAUCACUGUCAUAGAAGAGACAUCUUUUCCUUAACAUGUACAUUAAAAUUAUGUACAUUACGUACAUUAUCCUUAUUCAAGACAUAUUUUUCCCAGCAUUACACUGAAAACAUGUUACAA